AUGGUCGAUUUGUCAUCUGAGUCCAAAGAGGUCAUUCGCCGCCUCAUCCGGUGGAGGGCGAAUGUUAACUGCACCAACAUCCACGACGAGACUCCGUUGCUUUUGGCAGUUCGGCGCGGACAUUCCGACAUCGUAGUUCUGCUACUUCGAGCCAGAGCAGAUCCUAACAUUACAGACCUCGAAGGAUCGACACCUCUCAUGGCGUCUGCCGCGAUUGGCAGAGUAGAUAUCGCGAGAAAUCUCCUGGAAUCCGGUGCAAUGGUUACAGUUGAGGACCGCCACUGUCGCUCCGCCCUAACGAUUGCCUCCGAUAACGAAGAUCUAGCCAUGAUGGAACUUUUACUAGACCAUGGUCCUAGCGUUGAUACGAAAUUCAUGUCAGGUCGAACGCUCCUACACUGGGCAGCCAUAAACUCCGACUGCGUAAUAGCAGGGGCUCUGUGCGCUAGAAAGGCUGACAUUGACGCCGUUGAGGAUCACACGCAGUAUACUCCAUUGUUCUAUGCGGUCAGGGAGGGCACCAUUGACAUAGUUCGAGUGUUGCUGGCGCAUGGCGCCAGCCUCGAGGCCAGAGAUCGAGAUGGCAGGACUGUACUGUUUCACGCAGUGGAUCGAGGGCAUCAGACAAUCACGGAGUUGCUAUUGGAGCACGGCGCUGAUGUGAUGGCAGUGGAUGGAGAUCAGCAGACAGCCCUUUAUCGAGCUACCAAGCACGGAGAUAAAGCACUGGCUAACUCGCUGGUAUCACGCGGCGCUGCGUUAGAUCGCCUGUAA